CUACUUUCAAAGUGACAGUCCGCAUGCGCAAACUAAGAGGUGGGGCUUUCUGCACCGGCUCCUACCUUCGCUUGAGCAAACGUACUCGGGAAUGACGCUUUACGUAGAGUGAGGGCUUGUGUGCGUGCGCAUGACGCAGUUGCCCAUGGUAACCGAGAGCCGCGUAGAGGAUGGGUUUGCUGUCAAUUCUGCGUAAACUGAAGAGUGCGCCAGAUCAGGAGGUAAGAAUCCUCCUCCUGGGAUUGGAUAAUGCGGGCAAAACCACCCUUUUGAAACAGCUAGCAUCAGAAGAUAUCACCCACAUCACUCCAACACAGGGUUUUAACAUUAAAAGCGUGCAGUCACAAGGCUUCAAGCUGAACGUAUGGGACAUUGGGGGACAGAGGAAGAUCAGGCCGUACUGGAGGAAUUAUUUUGAGAAUACUGAUAUCCUGAUUUAUGUCAUUGAUAGUGCAGAUAGAAAGAGAUUUGAAGAAACGGGUCAGGAGCUAGCAGAGCUCUUAGAUGAAGAGAAGCUAAGUGGUGUUCCUGUGCUCAUUUUUGCUAACAAACAAGAUUUGCUUACGGCAGCCCCUGCUGCAGAAAUCGCAGAGGGUCUGAACUUGCAUACUAUCCGAGACAGAGUCUGGCAGAUUCAGUCUUGUUCGGCCCUCACAGGAGAGGGUGUGCAGGAUGGCAUGAAUUGGGUCUGCAAAAACGUCAAUGCAAAGAAGAAAUAAGUCCAGCUGAGUUGCAUGGGAUCGGAGUGGCUGCCAGAGCCAAAUGCACUAGCUGGCUGCUAGUGUCUGACAAAUAUUUUACCAUCUGUGCACAGCAGCAGCUGUUAGAAAUGGGAACAGCAGCUAAGCCUACUGCUUGAAUUGGAACUUUACCUAUUCUCUAGUACCCAUUCUCAUUCCCCCUCCCUUUAAAUGCACCCCCUUUUUGUAUAAAUAGUAUUAAAGGUCUCCAUAUUCAUUUGCCUAGAUACUGAUUUGAAAAAAAACACACACACAGAAGCAGAUUUGGGUCUAAAAACAACAACACCUCAAGUGGGUUCCAUAAAUUCUGGGUGGUCAUAACAAUGUGCAUGGGAGCCCGCAUCAGUUCUGAAUUAACUCAGAAUACUCAGAUGGUACCAUUCAAAGCUUGUCUCGUCAACAAAUAUGCUGGUGCUUUGCUAGCAUGUGUGUUUCAAUUUUAAAAUUUUAAGUUACUUUAUAUAAUGCUGGCAAGACAUUCAUGGGGUUACACUGUAACAAGAUGCCUCUGUAUGCCUGCCCUUCUUGCCACUACACAUAAUGUAAUUAAAAUUUGUUACAAUCUGAAUGUCAGAAGCAGCAAAGCACUGACAUGCUGCAGUUUGUUUAGAUAAAAUAGUGUCAGGCUGCAAUGCAGCUUGGCAUUUAUGGUUGGCAUAAACAUUUCCAGAGUUUAGGCUAAGAGGGAACAACCAAAAGCCCUUUGGCAUUCAGACUUUUUGCACUGUCUCAGGGAGGACAGAGCUUGACAUCAUAGCAACAGUCAAUUUUGUGCUCAAAUUCUUACUGCAAGGAAUUAGUGAUGGUUUUAGGCUUUGCCCCUUUCAGGGAUGCUUACCGAUAGGAUUUGAUUUAGUAUUCUUAGGACCUGCAAGCCAUACAGCAUUCCAGGCAGUGCAUACUGUAGACUGUAAGGCUGGAAAGAUUACUGCUGCUUAGUCCAAAUGAGGACAAGUUGUGGCUCCCCAGUGCUCUUGCACUUCUGGUUUAGAACUAAAUUGCAAAGCUAGUUGUGCAGGAAGUGACAGCCUGGAAACACUCAAAAAUUGUACCCUUCAGGAAGUAUUUUAUCUAUUUGCAUACAGGCUUGGGGGAGAGGUAUCUGGCAAGGGCAGUGUUACUGCAUCAGUACUAAGUGCUAGAGAAGAACGCCUGAUCAGUCUGUAAAGUCCUCCAUGGAGAAUACUUACUUGAUGCAUGAAGGAAGCAUCCUGCCCUUUGAGGAAAUAAUCGUCUUAGUUUAUCAUCACUACACCAUGGUCUGACAUAAGGAGGCUGCUUCUUGCCUCUAGGUCAUCAGCUAAGUCCAAGCUCAGAGUAAUUUUGUAAGGGCAAUCUUGCAUGCAGUGAAUUCAGCAUGGCAGUUUGUAACCAGUCUAUGAGGUUGAAAAUGACUAGGCAAUUUAUAAUACCCUUUCUUGAUCUGACUGAGAGAAUGUAAACUCUCUUUGUUAAACCUCAAGCAAUAUGUGUGCUUUAUUAGCUAUUUCCAGAUGCUCUUUGAUCACAUAACCUAUUUUCACUCACUGCUUUGUGGUAUUUGUUUAUGCUCUGUUACUCUAAAGGAAGCAGUUGCAAAUCUAACAACAGAGACCAUCUAUAAUAAACCUUGACUAGGACUCUGCUGUGCUCUUUGUUUGUAACAAGCAUAAAUUUAAUUCCUUGUUCCAGAUUAGAUAUAUUAAAUCUAUACCCCACCUAUUCCAGGCUGUUUAUUGGGGAGGAGGGAGGUUUAGGAAAUUAAACCAUAAACAUUACAGGAAUUACACAGAACAAUAUAAAAGCACAGAUUAUGAAUCAAAAUUCAUGCACAAAACAAUUAACAGUAUAUUCCCACAAACUCAUAAAGGCCACUAAAAGAUGCUUCCUAUGACAGAUAGCUAGUGACUUCCUGUAAUUAAUGUUUUAUAUUUUUCAAAAUAUACUCCUCCUCUACAGGCUACUACAAACACCAUUUUUUGCUCUAGUAGCUCAAAUUUAAGAGACCUAAAGUACCUUUGUAUGCUAUUCAGACCAGAUGCUGGGAGUGCCUGUCUGCUCAUGGCAUAAUGUUUGCAACAUUCUCCCCUAAAAUAUAACAGACAUCUGUCAGUCUGUUCAGCUCAGGAAAAUGCAUGCUUUCUCCCUCUUCCGAUUAAAAAAAAUUCCACAAACAACCACCAGAUAACAAACUGGAGCUAACUGACCCUGCUGCCUCCUAAUAUCUGCAACUGUUUUAUUUGGGCAUGAAAACCGAAUUCUCCUAGACCAUUAACAGUGAAUGCCAGUUGUUGCAUUUUUUGCCUUGCCUCUGUCUCUACCUUUUCACGCUGAGGAUAUUUUUGUGGAAAAUGACAUCUCACUAAUACAAAUGCAGCUUGUCAAACCAGUCAGACUCCACCAUGCUUCAUCAUCAGCAAACCCCAGAACUUCUGAGUACUGCAUUAUUGGAUCGGAUCAAACAGAUGAUGCAAAAACCCAGCAUCCUGCUUUGAGUUUGGCACAUAUAAAAUGGACACUUCAUAAUCAACAUACAAGGAACUGCUGGUCUUAUCAAACAUAAAAGAAUGGCUGAGCAGGAAAAUUCUCAUCAUCUGAUUAUCCUAAGUUCUUGAAAGGUUUUUCGUAAGUACUAAUUCUGUUGACUAAAGGAUGGAAAAAUUACCAUGCUCUGAGUCCCUGUCAAGCUGAUAUGCUGGUGAAUGACCAUUCAUUUUACAACCUUUCAUAUUUGGAUGUUACCAAGCCAUCUUGAUAUACAUUAAGGACAAACCAGAAUGGCUGAAGUGAGAGACCUGGGCAGUAGUUUAUGUAAUACAUUAGACUGAGACUGGAAUGAUGGUUCAGAUGUGGUUUAAUUGCUUUUGAUUAUAUAUGGCUGGGUACGCUUUCAAAAAAGGCCUCUCUAAUAUGCCAGAUGAUGCUCAAAUGCUACAAAAGCCAUAGCUGCACAAACCCAUCUCUGCUUUCCCAUUCUGUCUUUUAGGGAACAUCUGGCUUUAUGAGCUCUUUGGUUUCUCUUUUUUGAAGUUAACCAAAAGAGGGCAUGGUGAUAUUUGGUGAUAUUUAAGCCUCAGUGUGUAUGUUUGGCAAACUUGAUUAAAAUUUGGUAGAAAU